ACGAGACACGCGACUAAAAAAUAUAAAUAACAUUAAAAACUUAUAGAAUAUCGGACAAAAAUAAAAAAUAAUUGAGAUUUAUCAGCGCAUCUAACACAUCUAUAUAGACAAUUAUAUAGCGUCGGCAGCGGCGCGUAUCGAGUAAAAACAAAAACUGCGAGGAAAGCACAGUUAAAGAAAUACGAAAAACUUGACGCGUUUUCAGUGCGUUUCGAAAACGCGCGCGUUUUUUUUUUGUUCAUUUUCCAGUGCAAAAAAAGAACAAAUCUUUUGAAAGAGCACUUGCAGCAGCGCAUCAGCAGCGGCAGCAUCCACAGCGGAUGCUCACAAGAUGGUGCACCACGGCAACGACGAUGCGAUGAACAAGAUUCCACUCAAAUCUUCCAGCGGCCUGGACGAUGAGGAGAAGAAUGGCGGCGAACUGAUGCAGGACACCGCCGCUGCCGAGGAGGCGCGACGCGAGCAGAUGCGUGCCAAUCUGUUGGCCUGGAUGAAGAAGCUGACGAUUGUCCUGAUUUGCUUCAUUGGAAUCGCCCUGAUAAGCUAUGUGAUCAUCAGCCUGUGCUUCAGCGACUGGCCAAAGUCAACGCCCUUGCGAGCCAGCAACAGCACAGUUGCAACAGCAACAACAGCAACAGCAACAACGACAGCAACAGCAGCAAUUGUUGGCAGCAGCACAGCAGCAGCAACAGCAGCAGCAACAGCAGCAGCUGCGGCAGCAACAGAUGCUGCCGCAGACGCCGCGCCCUCGUCACCGGCACCGACAACAACAAGAACAACUAGCACAACUAGCACACCAACAACUACAACUACAACAACAACAACAACAACAAUAGAAAGCACACCAACAACAACAACAACAACUACAACAACAACACCACCAAGCAAUCCAAGCACAAGCCACACAUUUAAAACAUUUACUUCAACAGAUGAGCAGCCGCCAGAUUCGCUGCACAACAGCAACAACGACAGCAUCGAGGCAACAACAAUUGCCGCAACAGCAGCAGCUGAGGAGAUUCCAAUAGCUGGUCCUGCGGUGGCCGCCUCCACGUCGGCAACAACGCCACCUCCGUCGCCGGCAACAAUACUGGACAACAGCAACAUCGAGUUUUCAUCCAAAUUGGGCGUCUUUGAGCAUGCGGCCGUCUGCUCGGAUGUGGAGCCUUGCAGUCAGAUUGGCAGUGAUAUCCUGAAGCGCAAUGGCAGCGCCGUGGAUGCAACAAUUGCAACAAUGUUGUGCAACGGCCUCCUGACUGCCCAAAGCAUGGGCAUCGGCGGCGGCCUGCUGAUGAAUAUCUAUGACCGUGAGUCCCAGCGGGGCCAUCAGAUCGAUGCGCACGUGCUGGCACCGUAUGCGGCCGAUCAGAAGAUGUUCGACAAGGACCCGAAUUCCUCCUUCACUGGCCCACUGAGCAUUGCGGUGCCGGGCGAGGUGAUGGGCUAUCAUUUGGCACACCAGCGCUUUGGCAAGCUGCCCUGGCGGGAUCUGGUGGCGCCCUCGCUAAAGAUUUGCGAGAUUGGCUACCGAAUGACCAAGCAUCAGGAGAAGAGUGUGCGCAGCGUGUGGUCUACCAUCAAGGACAAUCCGGAGUAUCAGAGCAUCUUUCUGAAUGUGGAAACGGGCGAGCAGCACGUGGAGGGCACACUACUGAAGCCAUCGGCGAAGCUGUGCAACACAUAUCAGCUGCUGGCCGAGAAUGGGCCGAUGGACUUUUACAACGGGACUGUGGCCAAAAUGCUGGCCGAGGAUCUGAAGGAGCUGGGCAGCAUCAUAACCCAGGACGAUCUGGAUGCAUACACAGCUGAAAUGCGGCACUCGGUAACCAUGCCCCUGGGCGAGGAUACACUCUAUGCCGUGCCGCCAGUGAGCAGCGGAUCUGUCGUCUCCCACAUACUCAGCAUUCUGGAGGGCUAUAAUUUCACCCGCUCCGAUUUGGCGGAUGAGGAAUCCUAUGCCCUUACCGUGCAUCGCAUUACCGAGGCGAUCAAGUUCGGAUUUGCCCGUCGCCCCGAGCUGGGCGAUCCGCGCUUCAAUGAGGUGCGCGAACUGGUCAGCCAGCUAAACAAUCCGGAAUAUGCUGUCCAGCAGCGCGCCAAGAUCAACGACAGCCAUGUGCUGAGCGGACCGCACGAGUACGGCGCACAGUUCUCCUCCGACGAAGAUCCGUACGGCACCUCCGCGCUCGCCGUGAUCGCGCCCAACGGCGACGCCGUCGCCGUGACCAGCUCCAUCAAUUUUUAUUUCGGCUCCGGCCUGGUUGGACCACGCACAGGCAUCAUAUUGAACGACGGCAUGAACGACUUUGCUGUGCCGCACAAUUACUUCAAGCUGCCGCAGUCGCCGGCGAAUACCAUCGACGUGCACAAGCGACCCAUGUCCUCGCAGUCGCCGAUGCUGCUGGCGGACCACGACGGCAACAUACGCCUGGCAAUUUCGGCUGCCGGCGGCAGCAAGAUCGUGCCGGCCAUUGUCGAGGUGGCCGCACGCUAUCUCUGGCUAGGAGAUGACCUGAAGGCGGCUGUGGAUGCGCCGCGGUUCUACAAUCAGCUUCUGCCCGACGUUCUCGAGUACGAGUAUGGCAAGUAUUCGGAGUCGCUGCUGCAGCUUCUCCAGAAACGGGGCCACAAUCUGCAGCCAUUGAAAUUUGAUGCCGCCUCCGUUGUCUGUGCCAUUGGACGCAAUGCGACGGCGGUCUAUGCAAAUGCCGAUUAUCGUAAGCGCGGCGGCGUUGCCGGCUUCUAGGCGCUAUCGCACACACACACACACACACAGACAGACACACAAACACACACACAAACAGACACACUCUCAUACACACACAUAACCACACACUAGCGUAUCGUCAAGUGAGAUUAGUUGGAGGAAUGAAGCGAGAAGCAAGAAGCAAGAAGCGAGAAGCAAGAAGCGAGAAGUGAAGGCGAAAUCGAAUAUUUGCAAGUG